AUGCCUGACGAGGAAGGAGGAGAGACACCUUGCAAAAUAGACGUGGAAUAUGAGUGGAUACCUCCCAAAUGUACCAGUUGUAAGACGCUAGGGCAUGCGGCCAAGGAUUGUGCUCUCAAUAAACCAUCCAAACCAAUUAAACCACCAGUCGCCGUUUACGUCCCUAAAACGGGACUUGGGAGGCCGCCACCAGUUCAUGAUCAGGAGAUAAUACCACCAACCCGAGGGGUGGAUAAGCAGAGAGAUAGGCGUGAAUAUCUUAAUGGUGGUGCCAUGAGGUCAAGUCGGGAGGAUAAGGGUAAGGAGCUUGUUGUAUAUAAUAUGUUUCAUGCUCUACACUUACUUGAUGAUGCAGAUAAGAUGUUACAAUUUCUUGGACUUCUUGAAACUCGAGUUCGUGGAAAUAAUGCAUCUCUUAUUCACUCUAUCUUGCUACCCCAAUGGAAAUGGUUCACGGAUUAUGGAUCAUCGGGUAAUCGAGUUUGGAUUGCCUUGGAUGAUAAUUUUGUUGAUGUUGAUGUGGUUGAAUGUGGUACUCAAUUUAUCCACUGUCAUGUUACUACUCGUGCACCUCAUGAGAUGAUUGUUGUCACUGUUGUUUAUGGAGCUAAUGAAGUGGCUGAAAGAAGGGCGCUUUGGGGAACCCUGGAGACUAAAGCAACCCAAUGUGUCGACAUCCCAUUGUUGGUUGGAGAGGACUUUAAUGCAGUGCGAGAUCUAAGUGAAGUGUGUGGCACUUCCGGAGAUAUUCAAAUAGCUAUGGACGAUUUUAAUGCUUGUAUUGAGAGUGCUGGAAUACUCCCACUACCCAUGCAGGGUGAAUGGUUCACAUGGCAUAACCGCAGCGCGACACCCCGGAACCUGUGGAAAAGAUUGGACCGUAUGAUGAUAAAUGAUAAAUGGAUGGCUCAGUUCCCGAAUGCAUCUUAUUCUACCCUCACCCCGCGCACCUCAGACCACUCACCGAUGGUGCUUAAUGGGGAUAGACAACAGCGAUUUGGAGGUAUGUUUCGAUUCGAUAAUUACCUUGCCCAUUCACCUGAGUUUAUUGCCAAUGUGUAG